AUGUUCCCCCAAAUGACAAAUUAAUUUUGUGGCAUAAAAAAGGAUUCAAGUGUUAUACAAAGUGUUAUACUGAAAGAAAGUGUCAUAAUUCCUCAAAUCAAUCCUCUUCCUUACAUUACCCAAAAUUCGCAAAAAAAAAUAUUUUUUUUGUUCCCUUCCCAAAGAGCAUUGGAAGUUUGUGUCUUAAGUCUUUUGUUUUCACAUUGGCAUUAACCAGCGCACACAGACAUUCUAUGUAAGAAAACCGACUUGAAAUUAACCUUUUCGCAUUAAAAAAAAACAACUAAAAAACGAAAAUAAAACCUUAAAAAAUUCCAGUUUCAAAACAUAAGGAAGUUUUCGAAACGCCUUGAGAUUUUGGAAUAUACCAAGAAACACUUUGGCAAAUUGUUUGAUAUUUGUGGUGAAGUACUUGAAAACAAACCCAAAAAAAAAAUAAAUAAAUAAAAAACAAACCACGAGAGUAGUGCCACCAAAAACAAAGGUUGCCCCAUGGCCCCCAAUGAGGAAAUUCUGAACACACCAAGAAUUCAAAGACAGUAAUCAGGCAAAAAUUACAAAAAAAAAAAUAAAUAAAAUAAAAAAUAUACAGACUCACUUGAAUUCUAAGUGAACUGAAAAUCCAAAAAAAAAAAAAUCAAAAAAAAAAAAAGAAUCUCAAGUCAUAAAAACAAAAACAAUACAAUCUAUUUGCACAAACAUUCAAAAGAAGGCCCACAAAAUAAAGUAAUUUUUCGAAGCAACAAAAACAACAACAAUUUUUAUAUUUUGCAAAAAUAUAUCAACAUCAUCAGCCACCAUAACCCAGUAACGAAAAAACUGAAGAAAUAUUAAAAUAAUCACGAAUUUCUGAAGAUUUUUUUCGGGUUGCUCGUUGGAUUUAUUGCAAAAAAGCAACAACAACAGCAACAACAACUCGAAACUGUAACAGCAGCAGCAACAACAACAGCCGGUAGCCCCUAAUCUAUCGUCACCAGCCAACGACACUCAGAUUAUCCGUUCAGUAAUCACUUCACCAUUCCCCCCGCCAACCCUCCACUAACAUUACCGCGUGCAUUGUCGUAGCUUUGCUUUUGAAAUUUGAAUUAAAAGUGCCGAAGUUAACGUCCAAGCAGCAGAAGCAGCAGCAGCUGGUAACCAAGUGGCAGCCAGCGCCAGCCAUCAUCACCAGUCUUAGCUUGAUUUUCAUUUUCGGAUUUUUGUGAAAUAUCAAAACGAUUUGUUUUGAAUUUGUAUUUUCGCAGAAGAGAGAAACAGAAAAAAAACAUCCAUCAUCACUCGAAUCCAGAAUGCGGCUUUUUACAAAUAUAUUUCAGGCCAACAUGGAGACACGACAAUCGGCUAAAGGAGCUCUUUACUUAGGUGCUUUUUUAGCUCUUGCUGUGCUAUUAAAUCUUGCAGUGGCUGAUGCACGAAGUCAUAUACCCGCCAGGGUUUUAGCCAAACAGACAGGAGCCACACAAUUCGAAGAACACUACGAGACCCAGGCCGAUUGUAAUGAACACAAGCAUAGCCUGCGAAAGCGGGCCUCCGAUGAAGAUGUAGACUACGAGGUGUAUCAGGGUGUUGUGGGACGUCCCGGCAUUGAUUUUCCGAUUUAUCCAAGGAUACCGAAGACCAGUUUCAGUUGUAGAUCCUAUGGUAAUGGUUAUUUUGCCGACAUGGAAACCGAUUGUCAGGUCUUUCACAUUUGCGAAGAGGGCCGUAAAAUCUCUUUCCUCUGCCCCAAUGGCACCAUUUUCCAACAGAGCGAACUGACCUGUGACUGGUGGUUCAAGGUAAACUGUUUGGGCUCCUCAUCGUUCUAUGGCGAGAGCAGUGAACUGUUGGGCAAACAAAGAGAUCAACAUCUGAAACCGGUUGUACCCGUUCAGGGUUUCAAUAUAGUAGGCGGUGGUUUGAAUAUUAAACCUCGAGUACCUGCUAAGGCCACCUCCCGUUCCAGGGAGGGCGUUGCCAUUGAUGCCGAGCCGGAUAGUGCGGUGGGCAAGGGUGGUCGUAUUGGUGCGGGUAACAGUGGUUCGGGAAGAAAUGCUAAUGGUAAUGUUGGAAAUUCACCGGCUCAACGUAAGGUUCCCUUGGGAAAGGACAAGUUUUCGGGUGGCCCAAGAUCGGCUGACAAUAAUGACUAUCCAAGUGGCAAGCGUGGUCCUGACGCUGGCGGUGAUGGAAAUCGUGGUCCCAGUGCCACGAAUGAGAAAUACAGAAUCGGCAAUGGAGGCCAGAGAGGUCCCGAUGCCAGCAAUGAGAAAUAUCACGAUGGCCAGAGAGGUCCCGAUGCCAGCAAUGAGAAAUAUCACGAUGGCUAUGGCGGUCCUGAUGCUAGCAAUGAGAAAUAUCACGAUGGCAGCAAUGGUCCCAGUGCAGAUAGCUAUGGGGUGGGCAAAGAUGGUCCUGAGAAUGAGAACUACCGUUUGGGUGGUAAAGGCAUAGAUGGUCCCAGGGGUGACAGCUACAAGGUGGGCAAAGAUGGUCCCAGCAAUGAUAAUUAUGGCAGUGGACCCAGCGGACCAAGUGGCGAUAAAUACAAGGUGGGCAAAGAUGGCCCCAGCAACGAUAAUUAUGGCAGUGGACCCAGCGGACCAAGUGGCGAUAAAUACAAGGUGGGUAAAGAUGGCCCCAGCAGCGAUAACUAUCGCACUGGACACAGCGGACCAAGUUCCGACAAAUACAAGGUGGGUAAAAAUGGUCCGAGUGAAGAUAAAUACCAGGAAGGUUCCCAUGUUUCCGGCGGUGAUAAGUACAGAGAAGUUCCAAGUGGCAAAAAUACCCCCCUUUCCGGUUCGAGUGGUUCUGGUAGCGGUGCAACCUAUCCAAAUUCCGCCAGCGGUGUUUUCGGCGCCACCAGUGCCAGCCAGGAGUAUCCAAGCAUUAACAAACCCGAAAGACGUAUCGAUUCCGCUGAAAUGCCCUCCAUCGAAAGUGUGGACUUCGAGGACCUGUCAAGUGAAAAAUCCAAAACCGAAAUAACCGUCAUCAACAGCAACGACAACGACGAUGAAUCGCAAAUCACGGCGGAGACAGCUUCCUUUGUCAGUGAUCGUAAUCGCAACAACUAUGGUGGGGUAGAAAAGUCAAAGUUCGGCCAGACACCGGGUAAGGAUUCCAAGGGUUCCAAGUCGGGAGAUGAAGGCCGCAGCCGUGGUGCCGGAGAUCGUGGCUCGCAGAGACAUGGUUACACGGGUUUGAAUGGCGAAACCACAGAAAAGGCCCGCAAUGGCCAAAGAGGUAGUCAACGUUAUGGUGUAGACAAGCCCAACCAGGAUGCCAGCGCGGAGAAGACCAACAAGAAACACAAAUAUGCCGGAGGUGUGGAAACGAAGAAAGAGAAAUUCCAGGUGGACAGUGGUGCGCCUCAUCCCACACCAUCCUAUGUCUCGGGAACCUAUACCACUGCCCGGCGUUUGGAAUCGACACGUACCACACCCUUCUAUACACCCACUGUACCCUCGGUGGCUGUGGUCAAGGGCAAAGGUGGCAGUGAGGCUAAGCUGAGAGAGAAUACGGCCACCACUCCGACACCACAUCGUUUUGGCAAUCAAGGUUCGGGCGGCCUAUUCUUGGAGGGAGAGAAGAAGGACUACUCCAAGACCACCAGCAGUAAAACUGCCCAGUUUACCGAAGCCACAACCCUGCGUUCCAUUGUGAUUGGCAUGCGCCAUGACUAUGGCGCCCAAGAGUUGCCACGCAAUCACAAGUACUAUGAAUCGGACAUUGAUUCGGUGGAAUCCACAACUCCGGCCACCACCGGACCCACUUAUCUUCCCAAAUCCUCCUCAUCACCUUCCUCCUCCUACUCCUCGUCGUCGUCGUCGUCGGGUUCCUCCAAAUCUUCACAAGGCUCCAGUGGAGAUAGUUUGUUGUUCGCCCCCGUCUCCGAUUUGGAGGUUAAUCGCAAUGUCAAUGAAAUGCUCAAGACCAUGGAUGUGCUCAAACACAACUUCCAAGAUGUCGAACUGAUCAAACAAUCUGGCAACUCGGGCAACAAUAAUCGCGAAGGUUUGGACAUACCACCCUCCUCGGGACCAGAUGCUUUGGUUUCGUUGGCCAAAUAUUUUGCCACCGAACAACAUGACAAUUCCACCGGACGUCACCAGCCCAACUCUUUGGGAGUGGGCGGUGGAGCAGCAGAUGAGGGUAAGGACAAGAAGUUGGAUCCGGCCAAGGGCAAGAGUGAUACUCUCUCCACAACCAUUAUCAAAAAGGCUCCCACCACCACCACCUCCAAUUCCUUGGCGCCCAAGGAUAAACCCUCCGACACCACAGCCACAUUGACCACCGAAAGUUCAGCCUCUGUGGCGCCCAAUGCAGAUGAUAUUGCCACCAGUUUGCUGAGCAAUAAAACCGUAAAGAAAUACAACAAGCUAUUUGGUUUGGACAACUCCCAGGCCGAGGAAGUGGAUGUAGACCUCAAACUGCGCACUGGUGUAACGGUGCAGAACAAUGGCAAAGAUACCCAGACGGUGGUCACCUCUUUCCCACAAAUUGGACCCACCGAUGCCACCAUACGUAGCCUGGCCGAAAAGCCGGAAUCUCGCAAGAUAGCCCAAGUCUUUUCCAAUGCCCUGAAUGAGUAUCUCAACGAUCCGGUGAAGUUCCGCGAUGAACUGCGUUCCCAGGCCAGGCCCACAGAGCCACCAUUUGAUAGCCGUUUUGUCAGUGUCACGGAUCCAACGCUGUUCAAUCAUGGCACGGCCGCCACAUACCUGCCCACAAUGGCACCCACCACAAAUCGCCCCUAUUCCACCACCGAAUCAAAUUUGGCCUCAGACAUUAACAGUCAUCUGAUAACCUCCACUGGAUAUCCAGAUUCGGAACUCACUACAAAUGUGUUUGAUGCCACCACCUUUAAGUCAUCCUCGGAACGCAAAUCCAACCUAGAGUUCUCGGCUGAAUUGGAGCCACCCAAUUCCGAUUCCGGAGAGGGUGAAGAGCUAUUGCAGAGGGAGCACACUCAAUCAUUUGUAAAGAAUAAAAACAACAACAACGAAAAAUCCGGCAAGUUGAGCAUCUCGGCAAAACCCCAAAAACCCUGGUCCUUUAUCGAGGAAGAUGAUGUCUUGGAUCCGCUGAAAAUCAAUGAUGGUCUCAUGAAGAAAACCACCACCUAUCAACCCAAGACCCAAAGCAAAUCAUCCGCCCUGCUGGAAAGCCAGGGACGCAGCCAUUCCUCGACGGCGGAACACAUUGAGGGUAGGCAAAAUGCCAAAAUCCAGGCCGAGGAUCCAUGGGGUGAUCUCUUCGAGUCCUAUGACAUUUCCAAGGAAAAUCUGCCCGCCACCACAGGUCUGCAACGCAUUGCCAAUAAAUUGUUUGGCGGUCUCAACGAAACCGAGGCCUUGCAUCUGAAAAAUGUCAUGGCCGAGGCCGAACACAAUCGUCAAAUACUGCGACUCCUGCUGCUGCUCAUCCAGACCUGUGACGAUCACAAUGGCAAGGCCUUGGAAAGAUCACGCAAAAGCCUGCUGGGAGCUCUCAUCUCCAUGGAUGGCAAACUGCAAAGCAAAGGUCAUGUUCGCGGCCCCACUGUGACAACAACCGAAAAGCUGCCCAUCACCACCUAUCGUCGAACGGGAAGUGGUGAGGAGAUAACCACCACAACUUUAAGUUCCACAGAUCAGCCGGCCACCACAACCCUGGCAUCGACGACCACGGAUGCGGCCGGCAACAGUGCUGAGGCCACAACGAAAUUUGCCAUUAUUGUUGAUGAUUUUGGUGGCGAGACGGCGGCCACAACCACCCCAGAGUCGGGUAGCUCGCCCGGCAGCCUAGAUGCUGGCGGCAGUGCCGAUAAACGGGCUCUGGAAUUGCUAAAGUCACUUUAUUCUCUGGCCUCAAAGUUUACAAGUAGACGGUAAAUUGUUAAAGCUUCUUAGGCCUAGGGAAAGCUCUGUAUUUUUGUUUUUCUGUAGACAAAAAGCUUCAAACACACGAUUCCUAAAAAAACAGAUAAAAACAAAAAAGCACGAUUCCUCUAAAGCAGAGAAACCUAAAAAAACAAACAGUGUUGCCAGCAUUAAAUACUACUACUACAACUUAAACUUUAUUGCAAAAGCUCAGAGCAAAGCUUUUCAUAUAAAUCAAAAAAAAAUAUGUUAGUCAAAAUUUUCUUUAAAACCAACCUAUAUUUUAACCUGAACCAACCCGCUUUCUUUUAAGGCUCAGAAACACAAUUAUUUCUUGGCUUAAAUGCCUGCUUUUCAAAAAAGAAAAAAAAAACAUUUAAAAAAAAAUUCCAAAGCCACUUUGAAACUCUCUAACUCUGUUGCGCUCUGUAAUUUGCCGUUCGAAAGGAGAGAGAGAGAGAGACGAAAACAUAGUCAAAAAAAAAAAACCUUCAAAAACAAAAUUCCAAAGCCUCUUUGAAACCCUGACUCCGUUGCGCUCUUUAAUUUGCCCUUUGAAAAGCAAAAGAAAGAGAGAGAGAGAGAGAGAGAGAGAGACGAAGACACAGUAAAAAAAAAACAAUUAAAAAACAAAAUUCCAAAGCCUCUUUGAAACUCUGACUCCGUUGCGCUCUUUAAUUUGCCCUUUGAAAAGCAAGAGAGCUCUCUCUCUCACGAAAACACAGUCGGUGCAAAUGUCAAAUAGUAAAGGAAUGUCACGGCCGCUCCCAAAUUUCUGACGCCGUUGCCUCUUUAUAAUUUAAGUUCGACGAAGCAAUAAAUUUUGAUUCAGUUUCACACGGAAAAAGAAUUAAGCGGUAAUAAUUAAAAAUCAGGCGAACUGUCAUUUGUCAAAUUUGUUUAUCUUUGGUACUGCGAUUUUAGUCACAAUAACGUAUUUUGACAGCUAAUCCAACAAUCAGCUGUUUCACACCGAAAAAAAAAUCAAGCGGUAAAUAUUUCAAAAUCAGCCGAACUGUCACUUGUCAAAUUUGUUUAUAUUUUGUACUGCGAUUUUAGUCACAAUAACGUAUUUUGACAGCUAAACCGACAAUCAGCUGUGAUGAAUGUAGUGGCCAUGGGUUCUACACUUAGCUGAUCAUCGGCAAAGCUGUCAAAAUACAUUAUUGUGAUUGUGAAGUCAUAGCACGAAAGAUAAACAACUAACAAGAGAAAAGUCAAACAAAUAUUGACAUUUGUUUUGAUUUCGAACAUCUGUUUAUUGUGACAUGAUUGCUUCUCCUGCCAUCUUGCCAAGACGGCGGCUGCUGAUAUCUCAAGUCGAGGGCGUUUGCCUCACACAUUUAGGGUGAGAAUACAUAAAAGGCUUUUUUGACUGACUUAUGUUAUCUACAAAGAGGAACAAAGGAGUUUAAGGUUGACUUAGUUCGAUUUUGGCCCCACGCUUCUUUGUUCUUUUCCGAAGAAGCCAGGCGACGACUUAAUGUGGGAAUACAUAAAGCGCUUAUUUGGCUGGCUUAAGUCAUCGGCUGGCCUCUUCGUAGAGGAACAAAGGGGUUUUAGGUUGACUUAGUUCGAUUUUGUCCUAGUCUUCUUUAUCCAUUUCCGAAGAAGCCAGUCGAUGACUUAAGCCAAGCGCUUUAUGUAUUCCCACCUUUAAGCCAAUCAAAAAAGCAUUUUAUGUAUUCUAACCUUUAGCCGUUCUGAAAAGCCGUUUUCCUAGGCGUCUGCUGAACUGAAGGUGAGACAACAUAGAAGGCUUUUUUGACUUUGGUUUAAGUCAUCAGCUGGCUUCUUUGUAAAAGAUCAAAGGAGUUUUAGCUAGACUUGAAUUUCGGCCCGUAAUUUAUACUUGUUAAACCUACGCUCUUGUGUUCCUUUUCGAAGAAGUCAGUCGACAGAGCCUUCCAUGUAUUCUCACCCUUACUUUCGCUAUUCGAGAUUAUCUGUUUUUCCGGGCCCUGAAAUGCCAUGCUUCCAUUGUGUUUUCACCUUUAGAGCCUUGCAAAGUUUAUAUUUCCGGUUUUAAGGUGUGGAUACAUAAGCCGCUUGAAGUGCUCGCAUGGCAUAUUUUGUGAAAUAUCCUAAAGGAAUGCCUGAGCCACACUCAAAAUAUUGUCGUCGUUUCUCUUUAUAAUUUGACAUUAAUAUGCCUAGCCAUGAUGCCAAGCUACUUAUGUACCCUCACCUUUAGUUUUUAAGAAAGCGCAAGCUUGUCUUUCAAGAUCCUCUCUUUUUGCAUUUGACAGUCAAGAAGUCUUUCCCCUCUCCCCUAAAGAAAAUAACAAAAACAAUAAGUCAAAAAUCACACUACUCAAAUUCAAACACAAUAGUUCUGCAAAAAUGAUAAUUAUUUUAGAGAGAGAAUAGUCCAGCAAGUAACGUACGUAACGUAAAUCCACAAAAAUUCAGAAAUCAUGUGGCACAAUUCUACUCAGAUUCAAUCAAAAGAGUUCUCCAUAAAUAACAAUAAUUUUAGCAAACAAUCAGUCCAACAAGUAACGUACGUAACGUAAAGGGUAAAAAUUCCACUAAAAUUCAAGAACCAGGCAUGAGAACACUUAGUGUCACAAAUUUCACUCUAUCCUCAGUGAAUGUGCCAAUUAUCCAUAAAUCGCAAUAAUUUUUGUAAAAAAUCAACCCAGUAGGUAACGUACAUAACGUAAAAGGAAACAAAACUCCUCUGAAAUUUGGGGCACAGGCUUGAUAACUCUUCUCACAUUCAGUCACAAUAACUCCGCAUAAAUAACAACAAAUUACGCAGAAUAUCAGAUCAGCAAGUAACGUACGUAACGUAAAUGAUAAAAAAUUCCACUUAAAUUGAGCAGCCAGGCCUAAUAACUCUACUCCGAUUUAAUAAGAAUACUUAACCAAUUUAUAUAAAGUCUAAAUUUCAGUCAGUCAGCCAGUGUCAACACUUCAGUUAGUCAUAUUUAAUAUUGGCUAGAUUCCAGCAGAGAAAAUUCAGUUAGUUAAACUCGUAGCGUAUGUGACGUAUCGGUUUAAAGCCAAGCAGAAAUAGAAACAAUAAAAAGAAAUUAUUUCAAGAAAUCUUAAUUACUAAAAAAUUAAGAGACGCAAUGUCUUCCUUGAAGUCUAGAUGGCAAUAUAGAACAACCAGUUGGUCAAACACGUAACGUACGUAACGUAAAUUAAAUAUGUAAGGCAAAAAACGUUUAAUAAAAACAUUUGAGGUUUUAAUUGAGAUAUUUAAUCAAAAAAUAAUUUCAUUAUCCACUUUUAAAAAUUCAUUUUAUUUCGCAAAACCUGUAAAACAAAUGUCAACUCUUCAGUUAGUCAAAUUCAACAUUAGUUACGGGGACACGUAAUGUAACGAAGAACAAAACCUUACAGAAAAUCAUUGAAGCACAGAAAGUCUGGAUUCCAAGAGAGAAUUACCAAUUAGCUAAACUGGUAGCGUACGUAACGUAACAUUCUCCAACAGAAAAGAAGAAAGAAAAAAAAAAACAAAGAAAAAAAUUAUAUACAAAGGAAUAUUUUCAAGAAAUCUUAUUUUUUUUUUAAAAAAUAGAAAAAAUAGAGUCUAGGGCGCCAUAGAAAACAAACUACUGGUCAAACACGUUACGUACGUAACGUAAAUUAUACUAAAACUGAAAAUAAAAUUAAUGAAAAUUAAAAAAAUAUAUCUGGCAUUGAAAUUAGAAAUCUUGAUGUUAAAAUUAUCCGUGUUCGCCUUUUUUACAAGUCGGUAAUUUGUAUAAUUAGUUGGCAACGUAACGUACGUAUUCUAAAGCUGCUCAAAAUUAUAUUAAUUAUCAUAUUUUCCCAUAAAAAAAUUAAUUAUUUCAUAUUUUCUUGAGUUGAGCAAAGUCCGCUGCGUAACAUCUAUGACGUAACGUACGUGACGUGAAGCUCCAGUUUACAGUUUAAAAGAUUCAAAUUAAAAUUAAUUAAAAUUAAAAAAAUAUCUGCCAUUGAAAUAAGAAAUCUUCCAGUCAAAAUUAUCCGUGUUCGUCUUUUUUACAACUCGGUAAUUUGUAUAAUUAGUUGACAACAUAACGUACGUAUUCUAAAGCUGCUCAAAAUUAUUAUUAUUAUUUUUUCCCAUAAAAAAAAUAAAUAUUUCAUAUUUUCUUGAGUUGAAAAAAGUCCUUUAGUCCGAUGUGUAACGUCUGUGACAUAACGUACGUGACGUGGAGCUCCUUUUUACCGUUUAAAAGAUUCAAAUUAAAAUUAAUGAAAAUUAAAAAAAUAUUUGCCAUUGAAAUAAGAAAUCUUGCUGUCAAACUGAUCCAUUUUUGCCUUUUUUAAUAACUCGGUAAUUUUUAUAAUUAGUUGGCAACGUAACGUACGUAUUCCAAAUCUUCUGAAAUUUUAUAAAUUUUCAUAUUUUCCCAUAAAAAAAAUAAAUAUUUCAUAUUUUCUUGAGUCGAGAAAAGUCCUUUAGUCCGAUGCGUAACGUACGUGACGUGAAGCUCCGGUUUGCAGUUUAAAAGAUUCAAAUUAAAAUUAAUGAAAAAAAAUAUCUGGCAUUGAAAUUAGAAAUCUUGCUGUCAAAAUGAUACGUGUUCGUCUUUUUUACAACUCGGUAAUUUGUAUAAUUAGUUGACAACGUAACGUACGUAUUCUAAAGCUGCUCAAAAUUUUGUAAAUUAUCAUAUUUUCCAAUAAAAAAAAAUAAAUAUUUCAUAUUUUCUUGAGUUGAGCAAAGUCCUUUAGUCCGCUGCGUAAUGUCCGUGACGUAACGUAUGUGACGUGAAGCUCAUGUUAACAGUUUAAGACAUUCUAAAUUCUUUCAAAAUUCUAAAUUCUUCUAGAAUAUCGAAUUAAAAUUAAUACAAAUUGUUGGCACUUGAGUUGCUUGCAUGACUAACUAAUUAGUGCAACACGUAACGCAUGAAAAGGAAGACAAGUAACCAAGAAUUCUUAAAAUUAAAGAAAAUAUCAAGGAUAUCAAUUAUCAUAUUUUCCCAUAAAAAAUAAAUAUUUCAUAUUUUCUUGAGUCGAGAAAAGUCCUUUAGUCCGAUGCGUAACGUACGUGACGUGAAGCUCCUGUUUACAGUUUAAAAGAUUCAAAUUAAAAUUAAUGAAAAAAAUAUCUGGCAUUGAAAUAAGAAAUCUUGCUGUCAAAAUUAUCCGUUUUCGUCUCUUUUACAACUCGGUAAUUUGUAUAAUUAGUUGGCAACGUAACGUACGUAUUCUAAAGCUGCUCAAAACUUUAUAAAUUAUCAGAAUUUCCCAUAAAACAUAAAUAUUUGAUAUUUUCUUGAGUUGAGCAAAGUCCUUUAGUGCAUGCGUAACGUCUGUGACGUAACGUACGUGACGUGAAGAUCCUUUUUACCGUUUAAAAGAUUCAAAUUAAAAUUCUUCUAGGCUAUCAGUUUAAAAUAAUACAAAUUGUUGGUACAUGAGUUGCUUGCAUGACUGAGUAAUUAGUGGAAUACGUAACGCACGAAAAGGAAGACAAGUAACCAAGAAUUCUUAAAAUUAAAGAAAAUAUCAGGGAUAUCCUUUAGCGUACCAAAACAAAUUGGGCGAGAAAUACAAUUUUUUGGCAAUUAGUCUCAUAAUUAAGUAAUUAGUGGAAUACGUAACGCACGUCAUGAAAGACAAUAAAUAGAAAAAUGGUAACUCUGAACUCUGACAAUUAAAGGAAACAUUAGGGAUUCCUUGACCGUAAUGUACGUAACGUACGUAAAGUAAAUUAAAAUAAAAGGAAAUAUACAGGAUAUCCUUAAGCGUGCCAAAAAAAAAGAAUUGAGCGAUAAAUACAAUUUUUCGGUACUUCAGUUAGUCACAUGAUUGAGAAAUUAGUGGAAUAUGUAAUGCACGUAACGGAAGACAAUAAAUAUCGAAAAAUGGUAACUCUGAACUCUGACAAUUAAAGGAAACAUUAGGGAUUCCUUGACAUUAAACUGCGUACAAUUAGUAAAGUACGUAACGUACGUUAAGUAGAGAACGUAACUUGAUAUUACGCAACGGAUUUUAAAUUGACAGGUCCUAUACUUUCUGUAUUUCCUAACUAAAAUCUGAAAAUCUGAGCGAAAAAUACAAUUUGUUGUCAAUAAGUCCCAUGAUUGAGUAGUUAGUGGAACACGUAACGCACGUAACAGAAUACAAGAAAAACAAAAAAUAGCGACUUUGAACUCUGACAAUUAAAGAAAACAAGGACGUACGUAAAGUAGAGAACGUAACAUGAUAUUACGUAACGGAUUUUAAAUUGACAGCUCCUGUAUUUCCUAACUUAAAUCUGUAAAGUGUGAUUUUGACUUAUUUCCAGCACUUUUUGUCCCCUUUAACCACCAAAUACCCCAAAAUUUUCCGUUUUUUCUUCUUCUUUUUCGUUUUCUAACCUUGUUUAGACUUAAUAAUUACUAUAAUAAUACAACGUUCGUUUUUUAGAAUAUUUAAAGAAAUAUUAUGUUAUAAGUAUCACUGCCGUAACUUG